AUGGCCGACGCCGACAAAGCACGGCGGGAUGCGGUGGAUGCGGUACGAGGUGUUGCAAACGAGUCUGCUUCUAAGGGAGCAGACCUAAACCAGCUGCCUCAAAUACUGGAAGAAGAUGCCGAAUAUUUUCUAGCUAUUUCACCUCCGUUUGGGUUAUUUCUCCGUUCAGCCGCUGGCAAGCCUAUCACACACCACUCAGCGUCAGCACUGAGGCAAUCCGCUGCCGUCCAUUCGCUACCGUCAUUCCGGCGCGUCCAGACGUGCUCAGUCAUGUUCAUGUCGUCCAAGUCGGACCAAUUGGAGCGUGUCUACGACUCGCAGGAUCGACGCAUCAAAGCGCCGUGUGGCAGCCGUAUUUUCUACGAAAUGGUUUACUGCGUAAAUUUGAUGUAUGCGCUCUGUGUGCGGGAUAACCCGGACAUCUUCGGUCGCGCUGGGUUCGUCUACCGUGGCCGAAACAAAGCGCGAUGCAAGCGCAGGGAUCGCCAAGGAGCAAGACACCCUGUGCGCAACGGAGAAGCGCUUCAAUUAGACUAGACCCUCUCAGACUUAUCCUCAGUAAUACACAAAGUGUAUUUUUAACAGU